UUAUUGAAAGUCAAGGUGGUGAUCGAGGAUGUCAAUGACAAUCGUCCGCAAUUCCCACAGCCACAAAUCAGUCUAACCGUGCCUGAAUCUGUCCCAACUAAUCAUGUUUUACUAACCAGUGGUGCUGUGGAUAAAGACAUGGGUUUAAAUAAUUCCAUCCAAUCAUAUUCUCUAAUCCCUAGUGCUGGUAUGUUUGGUUUAAAAGUCGUCAAAAACUGGGAUGGUAGUUCGGAUUUAGGGAUUGUGGUGAAGCAUCCUUUGGAUCGAGAAACUAGGGAUCAGUUUCAGGUGAAGGUCAUUGCUCAAGAUGGUGGUUAUCCGGUGAAAACAGGAUCAGUGAUUAUUGAUAUUACAGUGACUGAUGUUAAUGACAAUCCUCCAGUGUUCAUCAAUAAAACUUAUCAUGUAUCUGUAUAUGAGAACUUGCCUCCUGACAGAACAGUGGUUCAACUAGUAGCUUUUGAUGCUGAUGAAGGCAUUAACAGUAAUGUUGCCUACAGGUUCAGCUCCAGAGUCUCAGACGCUGUGAGAAAAGCAUUUGACAUUGAUCCAUCAACUGGUAGAGUGUUUGCUAUUGGUAGUAUAGAUUAUGAACUGACCAAACAGUAUCAGUUUAUGGUAGAAGCUUAUGAUGCUGGAUCUCCAUCUUUGUCAUCUGGUGUUUUAGUUACUGUUGAUGUUAAAGAUGAGAAUGACAAUGCACCACAAAUAAACAUCAAUCUCACACCAGAAGGUACCAAGAUUUCUGAAGCUGUGGACACGAACAAGUUUGUAGCUCAUGUUUCUGUAACCGACAAGGACAGUGGGAGGAAUGCCAGAGUAGAAUGCUCUAUGAGUGAUUCCCAUUUUCUGUUAGAGAACUUUUUCGAUGACAGUUAUAAAAUAGUCCUAGGUAAAAAUUUGGAUCACGAAACCCAAGCUAGUCAUAAUGUAACAAUAACAUGUAGAGACGGUGGACAAGUUCCUUUAGCCAACUCAUCAUCUUUCACUGUUCAUGUUCUGGAUGAAAAUGACAACUUUCCAGCAUUCAGUAAAACAAAAUAUAUGGCCAGUAUUAUUGAGAACAAUCAAAUAGGGGAGGAAGUUCUUCAGGUUUCAGCUCAUGAUUGGGACAGUGGUGAAAAUGGAAGGGUUUAUUACUCUAUGGAAAAUAAAAUCCAGAAAUAUUUUGCCAUAGACAAACAAUCUGGUAUUAUUACAGCCCAAACAGUUCUUGAUCGCGAAAAAACACCUGAAUUCAAAUUCAAUGUUGUAGCUAAUGAUUAUGGAAGUAAACCAAAUGCUCAAUCUGUUGAAGUUGUAAUAAGUGUUUUGGACCAAAAUGACCAGCCACCCCAUUUCAAACGACCCUGGUUCUUUCUGUAUGUUAUGGAAAACCAGCCACCAGGAGCUGUUGCUGGAAACAUCACAGCUGUAGACAAUGAUACUAUUACUAACAGUGAAUUCCUAUAUUCAAUUCCUAUCAAUUCUUGGGCUUUGGAUUAUUUCAGUGUUCAUGCUCGGACUGGUUUAGUCACAACGAAGAAAGAAUUUGAUCGUGAACAUAAUGAUCAGUUCAGCUUUACAGUUCAUGUACAGGAUCCACAAGUUCCUGGGUUUUCAGAUAAGGCAAAUGUUACUAUUUAUAUCUUAGAUGACAAUGACAAUGUGCCUAUUAUUCAGUAUCCAACUGCUGAAAAUUACACAGCAGAAGUGCCUUUUGAAACCUCAGUAGGAACGGUGUUAUCAACAAUGCAAGCCUUUGACAAAGAUGAGCCUGCUAAUGCUCGUAUAAUUUACACAUUGAAAUCGGGAAAUAAUCGGCAUUUAUUUAAUUUAAAUCGUGUUACUGGUGAUUUAACUCUAUCAAGACGUAUUCGCCCAGAUGAUUCAGCACUGUAUAAACUAGAAAUAAUGGUGUCUGAUAGUGGAAACCCACCGAUGUCAUCUAGAACUAAAUUUUAUCUCAAUGUAGCCGAAUCC